GAGGAGAGAAAUGGAGGGGGAAUUGGGCAGGAUCAAAGGCCGCCUGCCCUCGCUGCUCUUGGCGUUGCUCGGCCUCGGGCCAGAGCUACUCUUUGGCCAAGCUCGAGCUCAGCCCCAGCAAGUGAACGGUGUCCUGGGGGGGUCUGUGUUGCUCUCCCCAACUCUCCCCCCCAACAAGACAGUGAAGGAGAUCGAGUGGAGCUUUGCAGGCGGUGCUGGUGCCACCAUUCAAGUGGCAGAGUUUGGCCCAGGUGGCUUUGAGAGGCCUGACCCCAAGGAUCGCUUCAAGGAGAGACUGGAGAUGCUGAACCAGACGGUGCUGAGGAUCAGGGCCCUGGAACGAGGGGACAGUGGGGUCUACGGGGCUCGGCUCAAGCUGCACCCAGCACUGGUGGAGGAUCAGGCCUUCAACCUCUCUGUCUACGAGUCAGUGCCAAGUCCAAGGACCCGCAGCCAACUCUUGGCCAGCACCUUGGAGUGGUGCAACCUGACCUUGCAGUGCCAGGGUGCUGGCAAAGGAGCUGUGAAUGUCACUUGGAAGAGGGACAACAUCAUCAGGGACCUGACCUCUGACAGCCACCAGCUCUCAUCGGAUGGGACCACCCUAAGAGUGGCCCUGCCCCCCACUGCUGCCAACGUCACCUACACCUGCACUGUCAGCAACCCUGCUGACCAAAAAGUUGUCCUCUUUGACCUACAAGCCAUCUGCCAAAGUGGAGGGAGUCAGACCUCCUUCUCAAAGUCAGGCUACAUCGUCCUGACCCUCAUCCUGCUGGCAGUGAGCUUGGGGGGAGCUUUCUGGUGCUGGCGAAUGAACAGUGAGAAGGCUGCAGACCCAGCUGCCACCCCCACGGUGCCCGCUGAGGAGAGUCCUUCUGACCCCCAGUAUGCUGAGAUCGUGCGUCGCAGCCCCCCGGAAGGUAAUGAUCAGGGCCUGGGUCACCCCGAGAAUAAGCAGGAGCAGGGUUCAGCUCAGAAAGCACCGGUGAGCACCGUGUACGAGCAGAUCCGACGAGCGCCAGAGGACACGGCCGAGGAGGUGACGUAGCGCUCAGGCAGCCGUAGAGCCGGAGGAGUUGCCGCAAGGGCUGUGACAGUGCGUUGUGCCAAACCCGCCCCCUCCAGCCCCCGUCGCGACUCCGGCCGUGGCAGGGACCAUCCCACGGCCACAGCCGGGCGGACACUUUGCCCUUCUCCCCCCACCCUCUCUCCAUCUCCAUCCUCCUCCCUCAACGUCCCACCUCCGGUUUCUCUCCAAACCUCCUUUGUCUGACGCCCUCUGAGAGUGUUUUGGGGAGCGGGAGCCCGGGCUGAGGCAGAGACAAAGGGUGGGGAAGGUUUGGGGGGAACCCUCCGUGGUCCUCGGGAUGCUCCGGGAUGGGGGAACCCCGGCGUUCAACUCCCACGGGCUUGGCUGGGGGCAUCAGGGAGGGCAAGGAGCACAUCCUAGUGCCAGCCAGUGCAGGAUGAGACCCCCCUGGGGCAGAUUGAACCCACCCUUGCUCCUUGCAGCCCUCCCCACUUCCCCUGGGGCUUCACAAGGAUCUUCCGUGGGGAGAUGCCCACUCGAGGUGCUGCCACAGAGACAUGGAGGGGACACACACAUAUACACACAGAGGGAUGCAGAAGGGACAGUUGCCCAUGGAGACCCACAGAGAAGCUCCCCCCAUCCCCUUCCCCACCCCCCUAAAAUCCCACUCCCAUACACGGAGGAGGUGUCUCGCUGCCUGCACGUCCAGCACCCACUGCCACGGGGCCCCUCGCUCGGCCAAAGCUCCCGCCGUUGUGAACCAAA